GCGAUCGAUCUGUGAUUGUCCGAGAGAGAGAGAGAGAUGAUGAUGCAUUCACGGAUCAGAAGCGUCGCCGGAAACAUCAAAUGCGCGGCGAGACUCUUCUGUUCAUCUUCGACGAUCACGCCGGCGGCGGCGCCGUCGCAGCUCCCGCAGACUCUGGCGGGUCUCCGAGCCCGGCUGGCGGAGGAAUCGCCGUCGCUGUCGGAUUUCGUCGCGCUUAAAUCGGACAGCGCGUACUCAGUGGAGGUCGGGACGAAGAAGAAGCCGCUUCCGAAGCCGAAGUGGAUGAAGGAGGCCGUUCCCGGCGGCGAGAAGUACGUGCAGAUAAAGAAGAAGCUCCGCGAAUUGAAGCUCCACACGGUUUGCGAGGAGGCGAAGUGCCCUAAUUUGGGGGAGUGCUGGUCCGGCGGCGAGACAGGCACUGCCACCGCCACUAUCAUGAUUCUCGGCGACACGUGUACUCGAGGUUGCAGAUUUUGUAAUGUUAAGACAUCCAGGACUCCUCCACCACCUGACCCUGAUGAGCCCACCAAUGUGGCUGAAGCAAUUGCAUCAUGGGGCCUGGAUUAUGUGGUUAUAACGAGUGUUGACCGUGAUGAUUUACCUGAUCAAGGGAGUGGUCAUUUUUCUGAAACAGUGCAGAAGCUGAAGGCACUGAAGCCAAAUAUGCUGAUAGAAGCCUUAGUUCCAGAUUUUCGAGGAGAUGCUGACUGUGUAGAGAAGGUUGCCAAAUCAGGAUUAGAUGUCUUUGCACAUAACAUUGAGACAGUCGAAGAGCUUCAGAAUUUUGUACGGGACCAUCGCGCUAAUUUUAAGCAGUCAUUAGAUGUUCUAAUGAUGGCCAAGGAAUAUGCGCCUGCUGGAACACUUACUAAGACUUCAAUAAUGUUAGGUUGUGGGGAAACACCUGAUCAGGUUGUGAAGACAAUGGAGAAGGUGAGAGCGGCUGGUGUUGAUGUGAUGACAUUUGGUCAGUAUAUGAGACCUUCAAAGCGCCAUAUGCCGGUAUCUGAAUAUGUUACCCCAGAGGCCUUUGAUAAGUAUCAGAAACUUGGCAUGGAAAUGGGCUUUCGAUAUGUGGCAUCUGGGCCCAUGGUGAGGUCAUCAUACAAGGCAGGUGAAUUCUAUAUCAAAUCCAUGAUUGAAUCAGAUCGGGCCGCUUUCCCUCAAAGCUGACUUCUUCUUGAUCCACCAUCAUUUUUGUUAUUUACACACUUCAAUGUGCAUUAUAUGUAAGGAGCGCAGGCUUACUACAUUGCUGUUGAUGCUCAUGCCACGUGUAAUAAUCAGUAAAAAGCUAUAAACGGGCAUAAGCUGUCUGCUAUUUUUUUCACUGCCUCCUCCCCAACCCAAACACCCAUGAGUGGAUUGGUUGAUUUAUUUAGAAAAUGCAAAUUUCAAAGGUUGAUUGUAUAUGUUCUCAUUUACGUUAACUCAUUUUUCUCUAUUUAACUGGUGCUAACUUACACCAGCUGCUGUAGUUGUUAAAAGUAAUAAGUGUUUACCUCUUAUUUGAGAAAUUGUUUAAAGCUGUUGAUUUUAA